CCCUUUAUGUCGAAGUAAAUGGCUUCGUUUUGUGGAUGGGUUCAGGUUUUAAUUCGGUUUAGCGCUGCUAAAUUAGACCUAAACUCAUAGUGUAGACCAGGCCUAAGUGUUUCUAAGUGCAUCAGAACCUAGAAUGUCUAUUUGCAGGGAGAAUGCCUGGGAUGAAUGGAGAAUGUGAAAUGGACAAAACCACUUCUGAAAUUGCUCCAAUUGCCCUUCUUGCCCUGACAGGCUGCAGAAUAACAUCCACAUUUUGCUCCGGAUCGUCCCAUCCUCCCAGGAGAAAGGAAAUGGCAUCAGUGGAGCCGGCUCAGGGGGCGGUGACCUUCGAGGAGCUGGCUGUGUACUUCACAGAGGGGGAAUGGGCUCUGCUAAACCCUGCUCAGAGAGCCCUCUACAGGGAGGUCAUGCAAGAGAACUAUGCCAUUGUGGCCUCACUGGGGUUUCCAGUUUCCAAGCCUGAUGUGAUCUCCCGGCUGGAACGUGGGGAAGAGCCGUGGGUCCCAGAUCUCCAGGGCUCUGAGGAAAGGGAGCUCCAGAAAGGUGCUCAGAUAGAUGAGGCCUCCAUUAAACCAACUCAGAAACUGGAACCACAUGGCACAUUAGCAGGAAGAUGCAAAGAGAAAGUUUCUGGGAGGUGCGGAGAGGCAAAAGCCUGUGAGAAUCAGCAUAGGCCAGAGAAAAGCUUCAGUAGUGGCUCAGACCUUAUUCGACAUGAAAGAAUUAAUAUGGGAAAGAGACCUUACACAUGCUCUGAGUGUGGGAAAAGCUUUAGUCAGAGCUCAACCCUCAUCACACAUUACAGAGUUCACACUGGAGAGAGGCCGUACACAUGCCCUGAAUGUGGGAAAAGCUUCAGUCAUGGCUCAGCCCUUAUCACACAUCAGAGAAUCCACACUGGAGAGAUGCCUUACACAUGCCCUGAAUGUGGAAAAAGCUUCAAUCACAGUUCAAAUCUCAUCAAACAUCGGAGAAUCCACACAGGAGAGACACCCUACACAUGCUCUGAGUGUGGGAGAAAUUUCUGUCGGAGUUCAGCCCUUAUCACACAUCAGAGAAUCCACACGGGUGAGACACCCUACUCAUGCACCGAGUGCAAGAAAACCUUCAGUGAGAGUUCAGACCUUAUUAGGCAUUGGAUAAUCCACACAGGAGAGAAACCCUACACAUGCCCUGAGUGUGGGAAAAGCUUCAACCACAGCUCAAACCUGAUCACACAUCGGCGAAUCCACACCAGAGAGACACCCUACACCUGCCUUGAGUGCGGGAAAAGCUUCACCCAGAGCUCACACCUUAUCACACAUCAGAGAAUCCACACGGGAGAGAGACCCUUCACGUGCUCUGAGUGCGGGAAAAGCUUCUGUCGAAGCUCAAACCUCAUCACACAUCAGAGAAUCCAUGUAGGGAAGACACUCUGCUCAUGCUCUGAGUGUGGGAAAAGCUUCAGUCGAAGUUCAGCCCUUAUUAGUCAUCAGCGAAUCCAUAGAGGAGUGACAAACUUCACAUGCCCUGAGUGCGGGAAAAGCUUCAACCGGAGCUCACACCUCAUCACACAUCGGAGAAUCCACACGGGAGAGAAACCUUACACGUGCUCUGAGUGUGGGAAAAGCUUCAGUCGGAACUCAAACCUGAUCACACAUCAGAGAGUCCACACUGGAGAGACACCCUACACAUGCUCUGAGUGCGGGAAAAGCUUUAGUCAGAGCUCAACCCUCAUCACACAUCGGAGAAUCCACACAGGAGAGAGACCCUUCACGUGCCCUGAGUGCGGGAAGAGUUUUAGUCAGAGCUCAACUUUUAUCAAACAUAAGAGAAUCCACAUCGGCGAGUAAUGUCAUAAAUGUCUUGACUAGGGCUGGCCAAAGAAUUUUUGUAAAAUACAUUAGCGAAUUCCCACAUAGUUUGCACCAUUGUCUUCAGUGUGGUGUCUCAGCUCCACUUGAGUUGCCUGCCUCUAUUUUGCACCUCCCCCUUCUUUGGGGUGAUUUUCGUGAUCCUUUAUAUCAACUCCUUUAUCUUUGGGAGUGUCCUCCUCCUGCCAGAAAUAUCCAUCAGCGCCAGCUGGGGGAGAUGGGGUUGACCUUGAUUAGCUACACUGAGGUAAAAGCUACCUGUGUCUUGUCUCCACUGGGAUUGUACGUGGAGGUAACUGCUCAACAUAGCGAUCUUGUAACAACAAAAGUACAUUUGCAGUGCAGACAUGACCUGGGUACAGUGGCUGGGUUAGUUUUCCCCUUCACCUGAGCUCAGCUCCAUAAUUUUUCCUAGUCUAAACAAACCCCAAGGAUCACGUUGAUACCAUUCCCCCUUUACAAUGUGAUUGUUAGUCACUGUGUUCCCCCUUGGGGACAGAUUGUCUCAAUCCUUCUUGUUCUCACCUUGCUCAGGGCUGUGCUGGACAGAAGUAUUUUUUCUAUCAUUUUCCUCAAUUAAAAUAGAUUGAAAUAGAACAAAGAGCAGGAGCAGGAUGGGGGUGAAAUGUGUCAUUUCGGCCUCUGUGAUACCUAAAGGAGAUGGGGUGAGUCAAAGGGAUUCCCUCCUUCCCCAUCACUGUCACAGUCCCCCCUCGGCCCAGCAGCAUUAGCUUCUGUGUAAGGCACAAUAGCGUUUAUCCUCCCUACGUUCUACCCCUGCACCUCCCAGUGUCAUGUGAUGCCGUGUUCUGUGUGCUCCCUGUGCUUAGGUGUCACACUUUGAUCCUAAAUCAGACUCACUGGGGCUAGAAAUGAAAGUGUCACAGACCUGGAUGGGGGAUUUGAAUGGAUCCCAAACACAGAGUAGUCAUUCUGCGCUUUCAUCUCUGCUUCCAUCUCUUGGCAAAGCUGCUUCUGGGCUUUUUCCUGCUGAGCUGGGAUUGUUUGCAGAUGGGAAAGUUGGCUGCAUUUCCCUCUUGUGAUGCAGCUUAAAACUUUUGUACGUAACGUGACAAUAAUAAUGAGGUGGCACUGAGUGAAGAAAGGUUGAAUGGACCCGAGGAGAACACAAUGGGAGAAUCUGUUUUGAUUUAUCAGAUAUAACCUGCUCUGGAAAUUCAUUUGAUAUGAAACUGAAGGUGUUUUAAAGCCCUCUGUGUUGUGAGUUUUUCUCUUUCCUGAAGAUGGUUUGGUCUCACAAUUAGAUAUUACCUUUGUUUGACAGAAUUUACCUCUGAUUUACUGAGGAUUUUGAGACAAAUGACCAUUUGGUACAACAGAAUUUCUUUUAUUCGUGGCUGCUCCUCACCCCUCCAUGAUGACAGGGAGGAAGUUCCAGUGCGGUUCAGUCACUGGGAAAGAAUGCUCCAAGUUACUGGGCACGGUACCAAGGAAACAGUCGUGUUCUAAAAUUUCUACUCUGAAGUGGUGAACAACAGCAUACCAUAAAUUGUGCAACUAACUGAAGUAACUGGACACAAGCACACUUGUUGUGGAUGGAAUAUAAAUGUAUAACAAGAGAUGUCCAAUAACUAGGCUUAAUCAAUUUAUUAAUUAAGGAUUAUUAGUCAAAGAUUAAUACAUCAUAAUACAGAAAAGAAGAGUGCCUAGGUUACCAAUCCCUCUGGAAGACAGGAGUGCAGAGCUCACACUGUCUCAAAGAUCCUGUGCUUAUCCCUCCUCUAAUUGUACCUAGCUGGGGGGGAGUUUCACAAUUUUCCCCAUAUCACUUUUAUCUGAUACAUCUUUCUUCUCUGUUUUCUGUGACAUGUUUUUCAUAGACAAUGAUUGUUACACUUUCUACGUGAGGGAUAUGUUGUAAUUUUCAACAUGACAUAUAUUUUACAUUUUGACAAUUAUGUAGACCUUACACAUUGAGCAAAAAUGGAGAGGCAUGUACACAAGACAAGAAUUUUGAUUUGAAUAUUCCAAGUGUAGCAUUCUCUCUUUUUCUGCUAUAUUUAUGCCUACCCCUGAAAUGAAAAUACUUCAGCUAUCUCAUUGUUUAACGUAGAUGAAAAAGCAUUUUGGAAGAUCUUAACAUGAGGACAAUUCAAGAAACAUACUUGAUAUUAUAUAUAAUGUUAGCAGUGUAUAUACUGUUCAUAUUGGCUAGCACUCUAGAAGUUACAGACUUUCUCUCUCCUAAUUCCAUCUAUAUUGUAGUAGCCAGGGAUAGCACAACACCAAGAAGCUACUGUAUUUAGGUGUAUCUUACAAGCUUCUUGUAUCUUAGUUUUUGCUAAGCUUGUAUUCUCCAGCACAGAUACUAAGGAGGAGUUCUUACAAAGGUCACAGCAUCUACUGUGUGGUAAUACAUAGGGCCCUACCAAACUCAUGUUCAUGAAAAAUGUGUCUCAGCCAGUGAAAUCUGGUUUUUGCCCAUGAAGCGUAGUCUUUUGUUUGCUUUUACCCUAUACUAUUCAGAUUUCACAGGGGGGACCAGUGUUUCUCAAACUGGGGGCCCUGACCCAAAAGGGUGCUGAGGGGGUCGCAAGGUUAUUUUAGGGGGGUCACAGUAUUGCCACCCGUACUUCUGCAUGACCGGAGAGUGGCAGCUGCUGACUGAGGUCCCAGAUAUGAAGGCAACAGUGCAGAAGAAAGGGUGGCAAUACCAUAACAUGCUAUCCUUACUAUGCGCGGCUGCUGGCAGUGGCUCUGCUUUCAGAGCUGGGCUCCCGGCCAGCAGCCACUGCUCUCCAGCUGCCCAGCUCUUAAAGGCAGCACCACUGCCUGCAGCCGCACAGAAGUAAGGAUAGCAGUACCGCGACCUCCCCACAAUAACUUUGCGACCUCCCCCACAACUCCUUUUUGGGUCAGGACCCCUACAAUUACAACACCCUGAAAUUUCAGAUUUAAAUAUCUGAAAUCAUGAAAUUUAUGAUUUUUAAAAUCCUAUGACUGUGAAAUUGACCAAACUGGACUGUGAAUUUGGCAAGGCCCUAGUAAUAGUUACAGCGAAUGUAACAUGAAUAUAAACGACUUCAAAUAUAACAUACUUUAUAAAUUUACUAUUGACUACUUUCUUAUUUUGAUUAUAUAAUACCACUUUUCUACUUAUAGUUGUUACAAUAAUGAAUUAUAUUUUUAUCAGUUAUCACACUUUUCACCUUUUACUUAUAAGAACUGAUUUUCCAAUAUACCUUAUCCAGACAAAUUAGUAGUUUGUAAUAAAACAGUUUACAUCCCUGAAUAAUAGUUCCAUGGUAGAAAUCAGGUUUUAGUAAAAUUCCAUUCUUACAUGGUAGCUGUCACUGCAACAGCACUGCCGUGAUUUCACAAGCUGUGUUUUUCCACUUUAGUUUAGCUGAAGAGAAUACUGAUUCAAUUCACUCAAUAGCCCAGCUGCAAAUCCCUCUGGUCCAGUUUGGUCAGCUAGUGUUAUGAAGCAUUGUGGGUUUUAAUUUAGUUUGGUCAUCACACUGUUAUUCAGCUGGUUAUGGCAAUAUUGUUUCAGAUGAUCUGGGAAGUGUAUUCCCCAGUCAUUGAUUUGGAACUCAGCAAAAAGCUGAUUGGAUUUGGAUCCCAAACCAAUUGUGGUCGAAGCUCUGCAGGAGGUUACUGUUGAAGACAUUUUCUUCCAAAUUAGGUGCACACUGCCUACUAUUUGGGAAGCCCAAUCCCUAGCUCCGUAGAGAUGGAGAAAAUGGAAGUGACAUUUUUGAUGAGUUCACCACUGGUAGAUGCUGCAAAUGUGUAUAAAAUGAACUCAGUGUUGAAUGUGACAUAGCUGCAGAAUUAUACCUGUUUUUAAUAAAUACUCCACCUUCAAUGGGUGACAGGGAUUCUAACCCAGGCCUGGACCACGAGAUUAAAGAAAUAAACUGGGCAUGUUUGGGGAAGCUAUUCCUCACUAACACUACUGACAUUUGGUGUGGUUUGGUAAGGAUCCUACCACUGAAAAGUGUCAAGCUACCUGAACCAAGGCUAAGGAUUAUACAAGAACUCAGGUAGAAAUAGCAGGUACCCAGCAGUUGAUUUUCACCCCAGAGAUGGAAACUGUGAUGAUCCAUGGCCCAGCUAAUCUAUUUAUUUUUAGAACACUGCUCCUUAGUUCAGUGGCAAUCAUUCUGGUCCCAAAGGAUGCCGUGGUUAAAUUGGGAGCAAUUGUCCUUUGCUUUUUGCAUCCAAAAUUUCAUGAGGCAAAGAGAGAAACAGUUGAUGCCUUCAGAGGACAUUCCUUCUCCCUGGAUCCCCAUCUGAUGGCCUUUUUGGACAAGGAGCACUUCCAUGCUGUGCACGUGAUGAUGCUCAGUAAAGGAAUGAAUGCAUCAGACUCCAAGUUCAAACUGCAGGAUACCAGAAUGUUGAGUCCUGAUUCUAUGCUUUUGUCUCUUAGCUUUGCUCUUGUGUUUUAUGUAUUUGCAUCACCUUUUGCUACUCCGACAGAUUAGAAAAUGUGAAAAUAGAAUAUAGGUGAUUUUCUCAUAAUGCAAAUCUUUCCACCUCAUGUGAGACCUCUUCCACCAACACUUACCCACCAUCUUCUGCUGUAUGUCUACACUGCAAUGUAACCCCAGCUUAGUGGGAUUUGAAUCAUCUGACCCGUGUGAAGGAACCCUGGGUUUGAGUGUCAGCAUUGCAUUUUAACCUUAUAUUAAGACUUUUCUAACCCAUGCUGGAACCUAGGGCUCUGGAGUCCACACAACAGACCUGAGUCAACGUAACCAUAUCCUAAUGUCCCCCGCCCAAAAAUGUGGCUGCUCUAGCUCGAGGACCGUGGUGCACUGUGGGAAAACUUUACUGCCCACCCUGCAUGUUACCAGGAAGCCACUCAUUUUGCCAAAGGCCUGAUCGGUUAGCUCUCUUUUGCAAACCCAGGGUGCUCUCUCAUAGUGUGCUUACAGAUUGGUAGUCAGAAGAGAAUCGGUUAAUGCUAGGGCUGUCGAUUAAUCGCAGUUAACUCAUGCGAUUAACUUAAAAAAUUAAUUGUGAUUAAAAAACUUAAUCAUGAUUAAUCACAGUUUUAAUCGCACUGUUAAACAA